GCAUUCAGUUCACUACCACACACGCCGCGGGACCCGGUACAACACAUUCUUUACACACACCCCCCUUUCUAAAAAUUUCAUUUCAGUUUUAAAUCCAAAACCGAAAUUCGCUCUUUUUUUUAUUUUGGUCGGGAGAAAAUUUGAACAGUUGUUUCGAGCACGUCCACCGAACGUCCCCGUCGACAAUAUUCCAACUGUUUGGCUCUAUAUCGGCGUCCGGAGAGUGCCAAUAAGAGUUUGUGGAGCGCGAAAACGACCGGACUAUAAUUUUUUUAAUCUUUUUUUCAUUUAAAAUUUUUGAAAAUUCUACAGUGCCUUAUGGAUUUACAACUUUCGUUUUUUUUAAAUGUUAAUUAAGCAUAGUACCUAUUUAGUUGUUAGUGUUAUUACUUUUAGUUAUUUAAAUGAUGUUUGUUGUGUUUGUUGAUGUGUAAUCUUAAGUGUUCUCUACUGAAUUUUAAAAAGUAAGUGAGGCUAUGGCAGAAGGAAAUGGUGAAGUCCCAGAUGAACCGAUGAAGAUCGAGGACACCGAGAAGACGGCGGACUACCAAAAACUAAUCGAAUAUGGAUUGGACGAGAAGGUCGCCUCGAAACUGGACGAGAUCUACAAGACCGGCAAAUUGGCCCACGUCGAUUUGGACGAGCGGGCCCUGGAUGCCCUCAAGGAAUUCCCGGUCGAGGGCGCCCUUAACGUUUUAGGACAGUUUUUAGAUUCGAAUCUGGAGCAUGUAUCAAAUAAAUCGGCGUAUUUAUGCGGCGUUAUGAAAACCUACAGUGUUCCUGACACGGGCCUUUUAAAUGUUUUCAGACAAAAAAGCAGGGCCGGCUCGAGUCAGGGUUCGACGGCAGCCGCGCCCACCCCCGCCAAGGGCCCCGACGAAGAAAAAAUUAAACAAAUCUUAGAUAGGACCGGAUAUACGUUAGACGUUACCACCGGACAAAGGAAAUAUGGAGGUCCGCCGCCUGGUUGGGACGGGCCUCCGCCCGGUUUCGGGUGCGAGGUGUUUUGCGGUAAAAUCCCGAAGGACCUCUACGAGGAUGAGCUGAUCCCGCUAUUCGAGCAAUGCGGGACCGUGUGGGAUCUGAGACUGAUGAUGGACCCAAUGACUGGGACAAACCGGGGAUACGCCUUUGUCACCUUUACUACGAGAGAGGCGGCACAAAAUGCUGUACAGAAGUUGGACAAUUAUGAAAUCAAACCUGGAAAGACACUAAAAGUGAACAUAAGCGUGCCGAACUUGAGGCUUUUUGUCGGCAAUAUACCGAAAUCGAAAGGCAAAGAGGAGAUUCUGGAGGAAUUUAGUAAAUUGACAGCUGGUCUACAGGAGGUGAUCAUCUACAGUUCGCCGGACGACAAGAAGAAGAACCGUGGAUUUUGCUUUUUGGAGUACGAGUCGCACAAGGCAGCGUCGUUGGCGAAGAGGAGACUGGGAACAGGAAGGAUAAAGGUGUGGGGAUGCGAUAUUAUAGUAGACUGGGCGGAUCCCCAAGAAGAACCGGACGAGCAAACUAUGUCCAAAGUAAAGGUGCUCUACGUGCGAAACUUGACGCAGGACAUCACCGAGGAUAAACUGAAGGAGUCGUUUGAGCAUUUCGGCAAAGUGGAGAGGGUGAAGAAGAUCAAGGAUUACGCUUUUAUUCAUUUUGAAGAUAGAGACAACGCAAUUAAGGCAAUGGAAGAAUUAAACAAUAAAGAAAUGGGCGGUUCGCAUAUAGAAGUGUCCCUGGCGAAACCCCCGUCUGACAAAAAGAAGAAGGAGGAAAUUUUGCGGGCGCGAGAGAGAAGGAUGAUGCAGAUGAUGCAAGUUAGAGGAGGGAUGAUGCCGGGUACGAUGCCAUUAAGGGGUCCUCCGGGCACGGGUCCUAGGUCCGGUGGUCCGGGCAUGCGCGGUCCCAUGGGUCGGGGAGACUACGAUUACGAUUACGAUUAUUACGGUUACGGGGACUAUCGAGGCGGCUACAGCGACCCCUAUUACGAUGACUAUUACCGUUACGAGGAUUUCGGGGGCGGUGCCGGUGGCGGUAACUCGUAUUACGAGUACCAGGAGAGCGCUACCACCGCUCCCGGGGCGUCCGCCCAGGGCGGCGGACCUCGCGGAUCCGCUCAAAAUCGACCGCCCAACGCUCAGCCGGACAUCUCAGAUGAAAAUGGCUGUCGAUCGGAACUAUUUUUUCUUGAAAGAAAUGGUGGCCAGGGUGGCCGUGGGCGUGGGGCGGCGGCACGUGGCCGGGGAGCAGGUGGACCGGGCCGUGGGGCGGCUCAGGGGGUAGCGGCGGCGGCGGGGGCCCGAGUGGGUCGGGGGGCCGGGGCCGCAGUCCGUGGGGCGGCGCGCCAGCCCGCUCGUGGAGCGGCCCGAGGCAAGGGGGCAAGUUUACAAGCAGGUAAACGAAAGUUCGACGGGGGUCACCAGAAUCAAGGGGAGACGAAGCGACGCUUCCAAAGUGGCGGCGGCGGCGGUUGGGGGGGCGGUGGGGGGCAGGGUGGUUGGCCAUCCCAGCAGCCCCUGAACGGCGACCAAUGGUGGAGCUAGUCGUGUACGAGUGCGGGUGCGAGUGUCCGUCCACGCGGACGCCCUCACGCCUCAACAUGGAUUAUUAAUAAAAAUAAUAAUAAUCGUAUUAGACCACUUGUUCGGUCGUUUGGAGGAGCCGAUUGACCCGUUUUACUGGACGAUUUUUUAAUCUGGACGGGAGCCAUGAUUUUUGGAUUUUUUGUUUUAAAUAGUUGUUAAACUUUUAGCUCCCCUCGAUUAAGGUCUUGUAAUUGAUUUUCUUUAAAAAGAUUGCUCAAGUUUGCAAUAUAUUAUAGUUCAUAAUAGGUGCCUCAUUAGGAAUUAGAUUCUAAAAAUGAAUUCGUCCAGGUGGGUCAAUUGGGCCCGCUCCAAGCUAGUCGCGGUAUCCCCGAAAUAAAACUGCUAAUAAUAAUUUUAAUAUUUCGAUUAACUAAAAGACAAAUUCGAAAUUUUGCCUAAUCUGCAUUCACGUUUGUUUUUUGUUUUGUAUUUUUGUUGGUUAUUUUUGCGGUUCCAAAUUUGUUAUUGAUAUGAAAAUUGUAUGACCUGUUUAGUUGCCUAUUUUACUAUUAAAUUGUACGAGUUGAUUUUUGA